AUGCAAGAUUUCAAAAGAACUAAACUUGAGACUUCUUGUAAUGAAAUUUAAAGCCAAUUUAAUUAGAUAAUUCAUAAAGAACAGAUGAUUUUUCUAUCAUCAAUGGUCCAACUGAUACAAUCAAGUAAAGUGAUAAAAAAUUUGAUGAAUAAGCUAGUGAAACAUCAGAAUACUAAGAAAAGUAAAAAUAUACUUCUUUAAUUAGUAAAUCAUCUUCAUUCAAAUAACCUUUGCCAAUAAUUCAAUAAAACAUUGAAAAAUCAGAAUAUGAAUCACAAAUUGUUGAAAAUUUAGGAGAUUCAUAUCCUGGAUCUGAAAUAAAAGCUCUGAUUGAGUAAAAAAAAUAAAGAGAUCAUAAGCCUGUAUGAUUCUAUAAUUUCUAUAAUAGAUUUAAUUAAAUAUUAUGGUAGUUGGUUAAUCAGGAUUAGGCAAAUCAACAUUUAUUGAUGUACUUUUGAAAAAGAAACUUGGGACAUCUUAAAUCAUAAGAGAUUCUACUUUAUAAAUUUAAGCAAUAUAGGGUAUAUAUUAUAUAAUGAGAAAAGGUUCAAUAAAUGUAAAUGAUUUUACUUUGAACAUCAAAUUUAUUGACACUCCUGGUUUCAGACAUCAAUAUAGUCUAAGAUAAUGGUUAAAAUUAUUAAGUAGAUAUAUUAAAACUUAAUUUAAUUGUUACUAAUAAAGAUAAAAUUUAUAAUAUGAAAGCAAAGAGAAAUUUUAAUAAUUAUCAUAACAAGAUUUAGAUGAAAGAGUUCAUGUAUGUUUUUACUUUUUCUCUGGGCCUAGAAUUUAAACUGAAGAUUUAUAAGCAUUAAAAAAAAUAAGUGCAUUAGUUAAUGUUAUCCCAAUAUUAGCCAAGGGAGACUCUUAUACUAAAAAUGAGAUUAUCUAAUUAAAAUAACAAUUUAAUGAUUUGAUAAAUGAAUAUCAUAUUGAUCUUUUUAAAUGCCAAUGCAAUAAUAAUUUAAAUGAGAAAAGUUAAUUUGGAUCAACUCCUCCUUUUGUCAUUAUAAGUUCAAUCGAACAAUUUCAAAUUGGAAAUCAUCUUGUAUAUGGAAGGUAAACAUUAAUUAAUUAUUAUUAGAAAAUUUCCAUGGGGAAUCUGUGAUAUUUUUAAUCCUUAACACUCAGAUUUGGUUAUCCUAUAUAAAUCUCUAAUUGGACACUAUUGUUUAGAAUUAAUUCGAUUAACUGAUUUCCUGUAUAAUAAUUAGAUCUAAAAAUAGAAAUAGAAAUUGAAGAUGAAACAAUAAAAUCUCAAUUGGUUAACUAAUUUAUUAAGUUAAUUAUUUAAUCUAUGA